GAAGCUAAUACCAUACAUACACACACACUUUGAGUUGAGAAGAGCUGAGCAAGAACUCUCUCUCUCUCUCUAUCUCUCUCAAAGUUUCAGGGUUUUCAUAGAGACUAUAUAUAGAAAAAGAUAAAGCUAUAGGAAACAAGAAGUGGAUAGAGAUCAAAUACAGGUCUGGCCGGGUUAAGAACCGUAGCGGUUCGACUUGGAGGUUGGAGAAGAAAACCAACAAGGAAGAAAACUGUGAAGGUCAAAGAAAAGUUGAUGGAUUUAUGGCACAAGAUGAUCUUCCCUGUCAGACGUGUUUGGUUUGCUGUUUCUGCCCGCGUUAAGGCUCGCAAAGAUGGUGCUGGACUUUUGAAGCUUCACAAUGAUGUACAGACGUGUGGAUAUCAGGAUGUCCAGGUGAUGUGGGAAAUGCUGAGAAGAUCAGAAUCAGAGCUGAUAAGUCACCCUCCAAAGCGCAAGCAAAGGCCCUUCUGGAGGUUUUUUCUGUGGUCUAACCAUAAUGCAGCCUCAUCCUUCUCUGCAAAUCAUGCUUAAGACAACAUCACUCAAAGUUUCAUGCUAUAAUGAUAGUAAUAAUUAUAAUUACAAUAAUACGUUGCUAAUGUCCUGCGACAUAACAUGGCAUCCUCUUUUUACAACCAAAUUGCCAACAUUGCAGUGGAAUGGUACAUAGUUAUUGCAAGUGUCCCCAGAUCAAUGUAAUAUGAAACAUGUAUCAGGUGCACCUUUAUUGGGUGAAAAACAAAAAUGCCACCGAAUCACAAAGUUGUUUGUAAAUAUUAUAAUAAUAAUUUUUGUAGAUAUCCACAGUUAACUAAUUUGGAACUA